AAAUCCAGUCCUAUUCUAUCCUUUGAGCCGUCUUUGAACAAGAUCGGCCCCGUCUCGUCAACAAUGUGCCCGUCGGAUGCGAUGAAGUUUUCCAGGAUCAAAUGAUUUUUUUUCCGCUUCCUUCGGCCCUUCAGGACACGAACGUCUCCGCCGGAUAUGAGCUCCCCCGAACCAGAUUAAUUCUGAGAACUUAAGGAUCAAAACAAACCGAAAAAGAAACCACUGGUCGCAGAUUAGUCACAAACUGACGUCACGAGGCGAACGGAUAUCAUUCUGCUAUUCGCUCUAGUCUCUUUCGAGUCCACGGCACCGACAGAUAAAACACCUGCAGUUCAACAAUGCCGAGACAGAGAAAUUCUGUAAGCGUAAACGAGGAACCCAGCGACACCAGAGAGAGAUUGGUGAAUUUGAUCCUCAACAGGCGUCGGGAAGCGCAAAGGAAUCUCCAUAGGCUCAACCCGUUGGAAGUCGCCCUGCCGAAUUUCGAACUGGAACUUUUGGCGGCUGAGCGCAGGGAGAUACAGUUGAUCUCAGCAAAUGGAGAUACCAGUGGGCGAAGAAACGCAGUCGGACGUAUAAACAUCCCGAAAAACCCGACUAGUCAAACGUCAUCGUUAGACGAGUACGGAGGAAAGAUAAUAAACCUUUACCCGUUAAACCCGGACGGGUCUUUUGCUGAAGGUUUUGAUGAAUCGGAAACGUCGGUCACUUAUGAGAGGCGCCCCGAAACUGCCAGAAAAACCGCUAUAAAAAAAAGUCACUCAUCAGAAUUGAAAUACUCCAACAAUUACAACGGCGGGCGGUAUAAUUCACCGUCUCCUCAAUGCGCCUACAACGAUUACGAUUCAUCGGAUUGCGACAGCUAUGAUAGCUCGUUCGAGGAGAAGCACGGCUGUAUUCCGCCCAUCAAUAUCAACAGCAGGGAUGCCAAAAAGCGUAAAACUGACCUCGAGAAAUUCUUGGGAUCGCAAUUAGCCAAAGAGGCUGCGUUUAACGCCGCUGCGAAAUCUGCGGGAGCCAUCAAGCCUCGAGAAGAGCGAGUGGACAUCAUGGACAUUUGGUCAAAACCGUUUGGCUGGUUUACUCUCCCUGGUGAAAAAAUGCAAAAGUUCAAGUGAUUCAGUUUCACCCAAAAACUUUUAUCAAUUUUUUUAAAUUAAGUGUUUUUCUUUAAACAAAUUGCCAUUUUAAUGAUUAAAUUUAGGCAUAUCCAUUAAUAAUAUGGUUUUUUAAAUAAAAAUAAAUAAUUUUAUUGUGUUUAUAUAUUCAUUCUUUAAAAAUAUUGUUUAAUUGGACUGCAUAAUUGUUUAAUGAACCAAGGAAAUAGAUUAUUAAAUAAUAUACUACUAACUACUA